AUGGUCUCUUUGGCCUGGCUCAUUGCAGCCGGAGUGGUUCUCCUCGCUGCUCUUAUCGGCCUGGUCCACUACGAAGAGAAACUCAACGAAGCGAUCUGUCGAGCGAAGAUUCAGGAGGAAGUACUCAAGGCUACUCAAGCCGAGCUGUCUGAAGUCAAAGACGACCUCCACGCCUCCCAAACCAAGCCUACUAGUACUGACCUCUGCCUCGUCGAUACCAAAUCCAUUCUCGCCAACACCGAAAUUGCGCUCAAACAGAGCGAAAAGGAAGUCGUCGCCCACCUCGAAUUCCGUGAUGGACUCGGUAGGGAGCUGUCCCAAGCGCGCCGCGAACGCGACCGUGCAGAAGGCGCAAUGGUGUACCUCACCCACGCGCUCGAAGAGUCUAAAUGCAAGAAUGCCUCCAACGAAGAUGAGUGCUAUGAACUACAGAGCCAGAUUCAGUUCAAAGCCAAAGAGCUCCAGUCCAUGACACUUUCUCUGCACAACACCAUGAAGGAGUUGGAGCGUGCAAACAAGUUUGGCCAGGAGGCGCAAGAUAAGAUUGACGAACAACAUGCGACGAUCAUGUUCAACGAAGAAAGCGCCAAACGUGUUACCACACAUCUCCAGGCCAUGACACAUUCUCUGCACAACACCAAGAAGGAGUGGGAGCGUGCAAACAAGUUUAGCCAGGAGGCGCAAGAUAAGAUUCACGAACAACACGCGACAAUCAUGUCAAACGAAGAAAGCGCCAAACGUGUAUCUACACAGAUCGAGAAGCUGACCAGGGACUGCAAUGCCUUGAAAUCCCAAAUUCGAAGCUUGCAUCUAGGAUGGACAUCGAGGUGUGACGAAUCCUGGCGCGUGAAGAAAGCUCUCGAAGAAGAGAACAAGCAGCUACGCAUCGCGAACGAAUCUUGGGCCAAGAACAACGCUGGCACUAUUCGUGCCAUGCAAUCUCGCGUCGACGAAUUAGAGGGCGAGCUUGCAGAAUGCAAGCAGGAGAAUGGGUGCCUUGCCAUAGAUCUCGAGAUCAUGGUUGAUCGCGCCGCAGCCUACAUGGAGAAGAUCGAGACCUUAGACCGAGAGGCUGAAGAGCGGGAAUGGAACUUCAUCCCGGGCGAGAUGAUUGAGGCGGCUAGUGAAACGAGUGAGAGCAUCACAGACGAAGAGGAGGAGGACUACGAGGGGUACGAACCAGAAGGAUACCGCCUGUGGACUCUCGACGGAGACAGCGAAGACGACGCCACAGUAUACGAACUCGACGAAGAUAGCGAGGAAGAAAUGCCAGAGUGGUUCAUCCACGCGCCCACGGACCCUAGUGGCAUGCCUUACAAGCAGAUGUGGGAGAUGACCAACGCUGAGACCGAGGAACUUAAAGAGUGGGAUGAGGACAACUGGUCUGUGGCCAACGGUCAGGAGGAGAGCGAGGUCAUCGAGUACCUAGAGAUCUUGGAAGAACAGCACACUGAUGACGACACUCUAUCUCAGAGCGACGAUGAGAGUCUGGACUCAUGGGACGCGGACGACGAACACUGGAGUGGGAGUGCUAUCAAGAAUAACACUCCAUGGACCUCGUAUAUGGAGAAUAUUCUGGAUGAAGAUGAUGAAGAUUGGGGUGUGGUAUACACAUGGGAUUGCGAGCCCAGUACCGUGGAGUGUGAGUGGUGA